UUGCUCUCUCUUUCGCUCCUGCUUCUGCAGCUCAUCGCUAUAUCCUUGAAAAGCAGGAGAAACAGGAUUAGCAUCUCGGUAUCUCUGUAAACUUUGUUCCACCUCGUAAUAGAAUGCCUUUACUACCUGUAGCUGAUACCAAAGAGAAGAAGAUGAAGAAGAAGAUAGCUCUCGAGACUACGGACAAAAAGCAGAACAAGAAAGAUUCGGAACUCGAAGUUCCCGAGUCUGACGAUGAAACUUACUCGGAGAAGAAGAAGAGCAAUAAGAAAGAGAGAGAGAAGAAGAAACGAAGAGCAUCGGAGAUCCAACAAGAAGAGGAAGAGGAGAAUAGCGAGACUAGCUCAGAGCUAGUCGAGCCGGUGAAUUUGAAGGAGAGGAAGAAAAAGAAGGCGAAACUGGAGGAGCAAGAGGAGGAAACGAAGAGCGAGAACCCUAAUGCGAUCACGAAGUUUCGAGUAUCGGAAACCGUGAGGGAGAAGCUUAAGGAGAAGGGAAUUGAAUCAUUGUUUCCUAUUCAGGCUAUGACGUUUGAUAUGAUUCUCGAUGGCUCUGAUUUGGUUGGCCGUGCGCGCACUGGUCAGGGAAAAACACUGGCCUUUGUGCUGCCAAUUUUGGAGUCUCUCAUAAAUGGUCCUGCCAAGUCAUCGAGGAAGACUGGAUAUGGCCGUGCACCAAGUGUUUUGGUACUCUUACCCACCAGGGAGUUAGCUAAGCAGGUGUUUGCUGACUUUGAAGUUUAUGGUGGGGUGUUAGGUUUGGCAUCAUGUUGUUUGUAUGGAGGUGCUCCUUAUCAAGCUCAGGAGAUGAAACUAAAGAGGGGGGUCGACAUAGUAGUUGGCACACCUGGCCGCAUAAAGGAUCACAUAGAGAGGAACAACAUUGACUUGAGGUCAUUAAAGUUUCGGGUUCUUGAUGAGGCAGAUGAAAUGCUGAGAAUGGGAUUUGUGGAGGAUGUUGAACUUAUAUUAGGAAAAGUAGAAGAUGUAAGUAAAGUUCAGACACUCCUAUUCAGUGCUACCUUACCACCCUGGGUGAAGGAGAUUGCUUCUAGGUUUCUUAAAUCAGAUAAGAAAACCAUUGAUCUUGUUGGUAAUGAGAAAAUGAAGGCUAGUACUAAUGUUAGGCAUAUUGUUCUUCCUUGUUCCAAGUCCGCUCUAGCACAGCUUAUUCCUGAUAUCAUUCGAUGUUACAGUAGUGGGGGCCGUACAAUUAUUUUCACUGAAACAAAAGAUUCUGCUUCUGAGCUUUCUGGAGUGUUGCCUGGAGCACGCGCUUUGCAUGGAGACAUACAACAGUCUCAACGUGAGGUUACUCUUGCCGGAUUUAGGUCUGGCAAAUUCACAACUUUGGUUGCUACAAACGUGGCAGCACGGGGACUGGAUAUUAAUGAUGUGCAGUUAAUCAUCCAGUGUGAACCUCCUCGUGAUGUCGAAGCUUAUAUACAUCGAUCUGGUCGGACAGGAAGGGCAGGUAACACUGGAGUUGCUGUAAUGCUCUAUGAUCCUAGAAAGUCAAAUAUAUCAAAGAUAGAAAGAGAAUCUGGAGUGAAAUUUGAGCACAUAUCUGCUCCUCAGGCAGCUGAUAUUGCCAAAACUGUUGGGUUAGAGGCUGCAGAGGUAAUAAACCAAGUAUCUGACAGUGUCAUUCCUGCUUUCAUUGAUGCUGCUAAGGAUCUUUUGCAAUCUUCUAGUCUAUCAGCUGAAGAGCUUCUUGCCAAAGCACUUGCCAAGGCUUCUGGUUACACUGAGAUAAAGAAAAGAUCACUUCUCACUUCUAUGGAGAACCAUGUUACUUUACUUCUCGAAGCAGGCAGACCCAUCUAUACACCAUCGUUUGCAUAUGGUGUGUUGAGGAGGUUCUUGCCAGAGGAAAAAGUUGAGUCGGUACAGGGAUUAACUCUCACAGCCGAUGGAAAGGGUGCUGUGUUUGAUGUUGCGGAGGAAGACCUGGAUACGUUUCUUGAUGGUCAGCACAAUGCUGCUAGCGUGAGCUUAGAGGUGGUGAAAGAAUUGCCUCGCUUGCAGGAAAGAGACCAGUCAAGAGGACGAUUUGGCAAUGGUGGUCGGGGUGGAUUUGGCGGUGGCCGUGGUGGUUAUGGUGGGAAUAAUAGGUUUUCAGGUGGCAGAGGUGGAUUUUCUGAUCAAAGAAACAAGACGUUUUCAAAUGGUUCGAGCCGCGGACGAGGUUACAACAAUAGAUAGAUAAUAGAAUACUGAAGACUGAAGAAGACCUCUAAAUAAGUCAACAAACUAUAUAUUGGAGAGAAAUGAAUGAAUGAUAUUUUGCUUCCUGAUUUUUGUAGACUUAUAUAACAUAUUUAUUUAUUUAUUUCUUCAUUUUGCUUUAGGGUAAAUCUACGGGGGUAACUUUACAUUUCAUUUUUGUUGGGGGAGGGUUUUCUUGUGAAAUCUCCCCCGGUUUGUUAAAUUUGCUGGAGAUGUAAGAUGGAAAUCAAGUACUCUUGUCAUUCUGACGACAGAAAACAAUGAAUAGUCAAAAGUUUUUAAUUGCUAAA